AUGGCCGACCUCAUCCUAGCCGGGGAGACGCCCACGCUCGAAGCAUUAUGGUGCACCCACAACCCUUCCACCCUCACAUGCUAUGCCUGUGACUUGCCCAUCCACCCCCAACCCCUGGUCCGCACAUUCCGCCUCCUGGACCCAAGCUCACUGGACGACGGCCAAACCGCCACAGACAGCCUCACCGCCCUCGGUCGGACGAUUCUCAAGUUCGACCGCCACCUUAAGUGUGCAAGCAAGGUCAGAUAUAUAGCCGUCUCGCACGUAUGGAACAAGACCGUCUCCAAAGUCCAGAACGGGGAAGGCGACGAUUUCGAAAUCUCGCAAGCACGUACACUCGCCAUCACACUGCCCAUGCGAGUCUGGGAUGGCCUGCAAAGUGCGGAGCUGGGCUUGGGCCUCGAGCUGUGGCACGACUACCUCAGCGUCCCGCAGUGGCAAGCGGACGUGAAGGGGCGGAUACUCGAUCACGUGGCGCCCAUCUUUAAACAGGCUGCCUUCACGCUUGUCCACUUGGAGGACGUAUCGAGGCAAUGCAUCAAGAAGAUGAGGACGGGUAAGACCCUACGCGCCCGCGCUCGCGGCGUCGCCCGCAUCUGCAACGCCGCGUGGUUCAGCCGCGUGUGGACGGCCAUGGAGUACGUCCGCAGCCCGGCCACCCGCACCAUGCUGGACGACUGCAAGCUCAUCUCCGGCGUGCAAGAUGUCUUCCUUGCCGAACUGUCGGCGUCGUGGGAUGCCAUCGUCGUAGAAAUAGGCGAUGCCCAUGAGGCGGAGAAGCUGAUGCGAGACCACGGUCUCGUCCCGUGGCAGCUCGGCCCACUUACCCGCAUCAGGAGCCAGGAAGAUGCUUCUUUCGCGGAGGCCUUCUCCAUGUUGGCGAAACGGGGGUGCCGGAGCAACGCAGAUUUCUUCCACGCGCUGUGUGGCAUUCUCAACCCACGGUGGGAGACGCCGCCGGAUUUCGACCGAUACGACGACGCCACUCUAGCGUUCGCGAGAGAGUGCCUGCGAAAAGGCGACUACACGCCCAUCCUCAUGUCGCCGCUGCCGGUCGAUGACAACCCCGGCGGCAUCGGCAUGGGCUACCACGACGGCGGCAUCUGGAGCCUCGGUACCCUGCAGCGUGCACCGGCAAUCCCCCGUCUAUCGCUCUCCUCUGCGGGGAAUCCCGUGCUCAAGGCGGAUAGGAUCGGACCCGUUCGCUUUUUGAAGAAAUUCAACUUCCGCACGCUGCAUCCGCCCGUGCUGUUCUCGCACGUUGCCCAGGUGGCGCUGGACUUCACCGGCCCGAACGUCGAUGACUUCGUAGCCACGGUCGGCACGAGGCUGUAUGGUCAGGACGCGCAGGAGGUCCGGCAGCGUUGCAUGGAAGCCGAGCGUCGUUCGUUCCUGGAACGUGCGUUGGUGGAGCGCUUCAAUACCCAGGGUGGCCAGGAGCCCUGGCCGGUAAAGGAGACUAACCGGAUUGCUGACGCGUUGGGCCUCUCGUCAACGGCGCUGGAAAGCUGUGGCGGGGUGCCUCCUAUGCGAUUUAUGAAGGCUCAUGGCGGCACGCUGCAUCUCGGCCCGCGCGGGGCUCUCGUGGGAGCCCCUUGUCCAGUGUGUCUCAAAAGCUUCCUUUUCCGGGCUGCUUUGUAUAUAAGGCCGGCGGAAGCCUACGGCGCCGUGGCAUAUCGCAUUCCCGGUCUGGAAUAUACGUCGACAAUGAGGGGAGGGAUCGCCAUUCUGGUCAAGAACGACAGUGUUGUUGGACGCAUGGUGUGGGCUGUACCGGCAUGUCCGUGUCGGACGGAGGAAGUGGUCGAGAUACACCUAAAUCCAUUGCCAGAGCGCAAGAUCCACCAGCAUCGACCAAACGGUUUGUAA